AUGACUGGCGAAAAAGCUCACCGAACCAUUGCGGACCACCUCCAAGACGCUGAGUUGUGGACACAGCUCGGGUAUGAGACAUUCCAAAUUCAACUAACCCAACAUGGUGAGACUCUUUCCAACAGAGUAUUCGUCGUAGAUUUCCACCUUUGCUCCCGAAGAGACAAUGGCUCUUCUUUGUUGUGUCCCCCUGGAGUCUAUCCAAGCGCACUGCAGUUAGUCCGACAAAACAUGCAUUUCACGGGCCCAUCCCGCUCAAAUGGACGGUUCGCAAGAACAAUAUCGGCAUUCAAGGUCGAGCAGGAGCAAGACAUUAACCGCCUGGAAUCAUUCGAUGCCAAGAACCCUGUUGGCAGUUCAUUUUCACCUAUGGACAUUGCACACCACCGGGUCAGGGUUCCGUUUCAAUCGGCCGUCACUCCGCAGUUUGGCUCCCAUCUUUCCGCUGCGGGUGGUGAUGCAGACCCCAUUCAGCAGCCGCAGCGGAAAUCACUAUUGGGUGAAGAUGUCUUGAUUGCGUUGUUGGACGCAGGAUUGCGCACCAGCAUGUGUCCUCGCUCAACACGGAUCGCGGCAGGAGUGAAAUGCCUGGAUGAGCGGGGAAAUUUUCGACUCGGUGAUAUUGCGCCGGCCGUUUUCGUGCCGAACUACACUCGGAAGUUUGAAGAUCAGGCGAGAUUCAUUCCAGGAAUCUCCAAGUUUUUGGCGACUUUUCUGGCGGUCUCGAGGGCCGAAAGGAUUGAAUCCCGAGAGGCUUCUCUGGAGCUGCAAAAGGACCUCUGGAUGACGGUUGCAAACAGCGCCCGAAAUCACGGACCUGUUCGACGACUGCGGCCUCUGUGGUCUGCAAAGACGACGACCAGCACUGGUGAAGUCUUGAAAAUUGAUCAAGCUACAGAAGUGGGCACGCUCCUGCACCAUGAAGGAAGCCGGAGGGAAUCUUCACCGACGGAGAAUUCAGGUAAUGAAGGCAUCACUGAUGAAAAUAUUUUCGAUUUCUGCCGGACAUUCGAUACACAAGCUAAUUCCCUCCCAAGGGACAUCCCCCCGGUCGCAUUAAAAAGUUUCAACGGUGGUCACAGUGCAACAGCAAUGGACUUCUGUGACGGGGAAGCAGAGGCGGCUGGGUCGAGACCGGGAGAAACCGUUCUUAUCCCUUCCGAAGAUGAGAAUUCAGCCGAUCCACCGGGCAAAAGCAGAAGUCACACAAAUAGCCUGUCACUGAGUGAAGUGUCAAUGCUUAUGUCCCUGGAAGAAGAAAGCCGCCUAAUCAGGCGGCCCGAGGUUACCGGUGGGUCGAGCUGGCUUACUCAGAAUGUCAUCCGCAUGCAUCCGCUGAGGCAGCAUGCACACCCAAGCCAUCUGCUCGACAAGUGUGAUUCCGGGGAGAAUGAGGAGAGCUUCAUAUACGACCAGUCUCACCUGGUUCCAUCCAGGCAGUCUGGCGGAGUGUGUCUGGAACUCGACGAGUUUGAUUGUCAAUACACAAAGCCCCCCUCUGCCGACGAACAAGACCGGAUCCCGAACUUCCAGGACUCAUAUUACCAUUCAGCCUCGGGACAUUAUAUUGACGACGGCUCGGAGCCCAUGUCGGGAAACCAGAACGACCACAGUUCAGACGUUUCAUUGACAGACGUGCUUGGAAACGACCAUCUGUUGUGGCAUAUGUGGAAGAGGCGUGCUAGCGUGGCUCCUCGUGGAGAGGAAGACAUCGACGAUAUGAAAACGAUGUAUCAGACGAAUCCAGAUAUGAAGCUGUUGAGCAGAGGAGGGGACCUUGAUCUCAGUGACAUGAGUUCCUCAAGCCACGACGACCCGAUGCUGGCCGAAUCGACGGAUCCUCGUUCUCCGGUCCGGGAAAGACCCAGUCAUCCAGGGACGCCAACUUCAGAGAGAAGGUCCUACUUCGCAACGACACGCUCUUCCUCCUCCUCGUCUUCAUACAUCGGCCAGCCAUCAAACCCCUCGGAUCCCAAACUACCGCGACGAGGGAGCAUCAUGAAACGCUUCUCCUGGGGAGGUCGGCAUCAUUCUUCGGAGAUGACGGAGCUCGAUCUAACGAAUUUGGAGGGACGAAUCAUGGAAGUCAAACGAAGAAAGACGCUGGACGACUAUGAGAUGAUGGAAAGGGAUGCGGCUCACGAUGACGCCGAUGAGAUGCUCUUUUGA